AUGCAGAGCCGGAUCAAGGUAUGGUACAAGUCGGUGGGCGUGCAGCGCGUCGCGCACGCCGCGCGCUGGGCCGUCACGCUCGACGGCCGUGCGCUGCAGACGCCCGCAAAGUCUCCGCUCGAGCUGCCGACCGAGGCGAUGGCGUGGGCGGUGGCGAUGGAGUGGCAGGCGCAGGGCAAGUUCCUCCAGCCGUACACGAUGCCGCUGAUGAAGCUCGCCACGACGUCCAUCGACCAGGUGCCAUCGAUCCGGCCACAGAUGGCGUCGUCGAUGCUGCGGACGAUGCACACAGACGUCGUGGCGCUCCGGGCGGACGCGGAGGACGAACCCGAGCUGGCGGCCAAGGAGGCGGCGGCGUACGACCCGCUGAUAUCCUGGCUCGCGGAUGCCGAGGGCGUCCAGCUGAACGCCACCUCGAGCCUCGUCCCGCCCGCUGCCGCUGCGGCUGCCGCGCGGCUCCUCGGCGCGGCCGACGAUUGGACGCUGGCGGCGCUCGAUUCGGUGACUGGGUCGUGCAAGUCGUUUGUCCUGGCCCUCGCACUCUAUCGCCGGCGGCUGAGCGCGCGCGAGACCGACCUCUGGGGCGAAGUCGAGGCGGGACACGAUCUCGACCGCGCAGAUUUGCAGGUGCGCGUGAUCGAUUGUCCCGCCACCGACGCAUCAUUGGUUCAUGGCGGUUGGUAG